AACUUGUCUCGCUUGGCCAAGCAUAGCCAACAUGGUAGCCAAGGAGAGCAGGAUUGCGCUUGGCGCUUGAGUCGGUUGGAUCGCUUGUGCUGUUUGUGCUCUGCUGAGUUACCAUAAUAUCAUAAUAUCCUUUACAAAUGGGGAUGAACUGACCGCAGAAUAUGGGUGAAAAGCCGAAGGACAACUCCGCUGUGAUGUUAACCGACACGAAGAGCCCGGCCGGCAAAAUGGAAAAGAGAAAGUUGCGCAGGCGAAAAAAGAAGCUUUUCAACGGCAUUCGAGAACAGAUGGAAUUCUACUUCAGCGACGCAAACCUUCGCAAGGACAGAUUCAUGGGCGAACUGGUGCAAGAAAAUGAAGAAGGCUAUGUGGAUCUGGAGGUCUUCCUCACGUUUCACAAGAUCCAAGGCUUCACCAAUGACGCUAAGGUGAUCGCGACAGCGCUAGAGUCGUCGGAAAUUCUCAAGCUGAACGAGGAAAAGACGAGAGUAAAACGCGUCACUAAGCUUGAAUACAAGCACGACGUGGAUGACUGCACCCUGUACGUCGAGCGGAUUCCGCUGAAUGCCGAUCACAACUGGCUGAAAACUGCCUUCAGCAAGCAUGGGCAGGUGCUGUACGUGAGCUUGCCACGUUACCGGCACAAUGGCAAGAUCAAGGGAUUUGCCUUCGUGGAGUUCUCGUCCCCCGAAGAAGUCGACAAAGUCUGCCAGCAUUUUGGCUACCAAAGUACAAAGAAAGAAGGGGAAGAUGAAAGUGCUCCAAUCAAAGACUGUGCAAGUGAAAGCCAGCAAGACGUAGAGCAAGAAGAAGUGCCCGCAAAGAAGAGAAAACUAGACAAGGGCGACGCUCCCAAGUCCGAGCCUCGGCCCGCGGAGGCAGAGGCACCGGAAGAGAAGUCCACGACUGAGGCGGAGAGCUCGGACGUCGAAGAGAACAAGGAAGCCGCAGCAAGUGUACAAUCCACCAAGAAAAAGAAGCGCAAGCGUAAGAAAAAGCCUCGACAGUCGGAAGCGAAGGAAAAACAAACCCUUCUGGUCAUGCCAAAGGCCGAAUGGAAACGACUGCGCAACAAGUACCUGGCGCUGCAGAAGGCCACCAUGGCGCAGAUAAAGCGCUCACUGCUGCCCAGCCACUCUGCCGUCGCAUACUCUCCAAGGCAGUGCCACUCUCCCGGAGGCAGGAGCCCUGGUGCAUUAACGGUCCCCAGAGAGGCGCCAGAGCGAGGCGGGGAAGCAAUGGACGCGGAAGCGCCACCGCAGACUGCUCCGGCCACCCUGGAGUUUCGGCCGGGCGUCAUCGUGAAGCUCUCUACCGAGAAGCCCGUUUCUAAUGCCACGGAGUUCAAGAACAACAUCCGCCAUUUGGCCAACGUGGCCUACGUGGACGUCAUGGAGGGGGACAGCGUGGCCUACGUGCGCUGCGCCGACGCAGAGAGUGCGCAGAAGUUUGUCAGCACCGAAAAGGAGUCUUUCUGCGGAUCGCUGUCUUUGCUGGGAGGAGAAGAAGAAAAGGCUUACUGGGAAAAAAUCAACCAAGACAGGGAGACACGGCGGAGCCAGAAAACAAGACAAAAGAAGAGGGGUGUGGAGAAGGUGAUUGCAAAAGCCCAGAAGCUCAUGGAAAAGAAAAACCAACAUUUGCGUUUCGACGACCUGUGACCGUGGGUUUGGCGUCACCCGGCCGUGCUUCCAGUGUAAAUUUUUGUGCAUUUCUGUAACUAAGUACACAUAUUCUGAGACCUCUGC